UUCAGCGGUUACUCUUUGUUCGUGUGCUGUGGCGUUUAGCUGCGUCCAUUUUUAAAAUUCUGUGGCGGUUUAACUAUGCCAGUGAAUUUUGUUGAUUAAAAUACGGCAUGCGAGUGGUUAGGUGUUCUGCGAGAUGAACGGCAUAAUUACGCGAUAAGAUUAAACCAUCUUUACUUGAUACUUAAUGACCUACAGAUGGUGAUAGUUCCAUAAGUGAAAGUUCAAAACCUUUGUUGUGAAUUGCAGCUUCGCCUUGUCCGUGAACUCAGUUACGUUAUAGCGAAGCAGCUCAUACAGAUACCAAUGGCCGAAAAAAAAUAGUUCGUGCGGCUAUAACAUAUAGCCAGGGCGUAUUAAUCUGCCUACGUUUCGCUUAUUGGGUCUCAAUAGCUUUUUGACUAUUGCGGCCGCUCUGAGUGCACGAAGAACAGGUGUAUGCUACUAAUGGGGCACCGAGUGUUUGUGUAGCAUCUUGAAGUUGAAUUUGGGUUGCGCGUCAAACGGUGCGAUGUAUUCUGAAUGCUUCCGCGCAAUUUUGAGAACUUGCUCCUUCACUAGGAUUGCUACAGCCGUCCUAUCAAAUGUAGUAACUUGUCCAUAGAGUUCUUAACGUGCAACUGACCUAAUCACUUGGACGUGUGUAAUGUCUGCAGCUAUAAGUAGUGGGCACUCCUCCUGGUACAAUGCAACGAAUAAUGAAGAUAUGGUUGAGGGUGAGAUAAGGAAGAUCUGGAAAUACUGUAUUAUGUAUAGGUGAUGCAACAAUACCUUAAUGGCAACACGGAUAAAAACUAGGUGUUAAUUCAGCGAUUACGCCUGCUGCUACUACUGCUUCUGCUGUUUAGAUCUGCUGCUGUGUUGAUUCGUUAUUUCUGCUGAACACCUGCGAGCCCAUCGCGGCGUUGCUCGUGAUAAUAACGUCUUCCGCUUCAACGAAAUCACGAUUUUACGAAUAUUGAUUAAAAUGACAAAAAGGCGUAUAUCUCGAUGCAGUUAUUGGUGCAUGAGGCGCUUCUAAUUGCCUAAGCUUAAUCCUAAGCUAUUUAAACGGUUAUUGCUCUAAUAAGGAGCCGUGACAAAAGUAGGAUAUAAUCGAGCUAAGCUUUACCAACAAGCUAGCUUCCUGUAGUUUUUAACGAAAGAAGCUUAGCAAAUAUACAGUCAUGCAACAGUCGAAAGAUGUCCAACGACUUACGUUUUGCUGACAGCUCCCACUUGAAUAUUCUCGAUCUUCUCCACUUAGCAAGACAAAGGCGGCCUUGCGACGCGAUAAGUGAAGCGAUCGAAAAGAGAGCUGAUCCCUGAGCUCAUUCAGAUAACAACGAACUGUUCAGUCAUUCGCAGCGCCAAAAGACCCAAUGUAAAUUUAGGCAUAUGAACAUUGGGAGACACGUCCGCUCAGCCUUUAUCUUUGAACCUCUUUCAAAUCGCGGAUUUCAGUUACCACGGCUGUUACAAUUAAUGUUUUUGAUACGAAUAGUGUUAUUACUUAUUCAGCAUUAGUAAAAACAACAACAAUAAUAAGUGCCGAGUCAGUGAUAAAAUCUACCAUUUCGCCAUUAGCAUUUCCACUCAUCUUGACCAUCUCGCUGGAGUAAGGCAGUGUGAGGGUGAUGGCGCUUAAACUUCACCUUAAAAGAUUCAACGGCCUCAAAGACCGCAGUGUGUGGCAAGCUCGGGCCACGUUCAGAGGUGUGUCGUAUCGGUCAAAGAUAUGCGCUCUCGGAGUCGAUCAGAAUGAAGCGCGCUUUGAUGAAGUGUUCGAGUGGUCUAUGGGCCGGCCUAUCGAUGCUCACGAGACCCUCGACAUUCAUUUAAUCAACAAAAGCAAAUACAACAUCGCUGGAGCCAACAGGAACAUUUGGGGUGCAUAUCGUCUAGUGCUUCAAGAGCUUCUGACCCAAAAACACCUUGUCAUCUGCGAUGAUGCGCUCAUCGAUCUGCACAAUCAUCCGACCUCGAUCGCGGUCACGCUGGAACUUCACUAUGUUGCGCCCAACGAUUCCCUCUACCAGAUGGAGCAAAGCUUGACGGAGCUGGAGAAACAGUAUGCAGCGGCGAUUCGGAACGCGCAGGCCUCUCAAGGCCAUAGCAGCGAUACGGACACUGAAAGUGCUUGUGAGAAAUCGACCUUGUUAAAAAGGAUUCGUAAGAAGUCCAUGUCGAGCACAGUGCGUAAUAUCGCUAAUAUCAUCAAACUGAAGUCCAAAACAAGCCGAUAUUCGCCAGGCGUAAGCGAUGACGAGGCGGAAGGCUGCAGUUUGACAGUUGGAGGGAUUAUGGGUCCAGCGGGUCCAGUCGGGGGCGCCGAACACUAUGCUUCAGCGCAUAGUAUUUUGAGGCACAUGAGUGACAAUACCCUACAGAUGUGGGCUGCGGGCGGCCGCCUCGGUCCCCACACGGACGAUGCGCAUGCCAUUACAAGUCCCGUCUUCGUUAAGAAAACCCGGCCCGCUGACCUACAGGGAGAUGCCCUCAAGGCUCAGGACUUCCAGAUCUGCGUGACUAUCAUCGAGGCACGUCACCUGGCCGGCUUGAACAUGGACCCCGUUGUCUGCGUGCAGGUGGCCGAUCAGAGGAAAUAUACCUCCGUCAAGGAGUCGACAAACUGCCCUUACUACAACGAGUAUUUUGUGUUUGACUUCCACUGCGCGGAGGCGGUGCUGUUCGACAAGAUGGUCACCCUGACAGCCCUCCACUCGCGCAACAUCAUCCGCUCGGGUAAAGUUAUCGGAAGCUUUAAGCUCGAUGUUGCGACGAUCUUCCGUCAGCCCGACCACCAAUUUUGGCACAAGUGGGCGGUGCUUACGGAUCCCGACGACAUGAGCGGUGGACCGAAAGGAUACGUCAAGUGUGACGUCGCCGUCGUAGGAAAAGGUGAAGCUGCCAAACCGCCGGCGAGUCAGAGAGGUGGCAACACCGCCAAUGCCGAGCAGGACGACGAUAUCGAAGGAAAUCUCUUGCUACCAGAGGGAAUGCCCUUAGAAAGACAGCAUGCACGUUACAUCGUCUCAGUGCACGAAGCUGAUGGGCUACCUCGUGCGAGUGGAGGUAACUUCGUGGCUUCUGUGAAAAAAGUUCUUGUUCAGGACAACCAGCAACAACUCAUCAACACCUACGUACAAGUUUCUUUUGCUGGCCUUACCGGCAAGACAUCAGUGAAGAAAAGCUGCUGUUCGCCUGCUUGGAAUGAGCAGGUUGUGUUCACUGAGAUGUUUCCGCCUCUUUGCCAACGAAUUAAACUUCAGCUGCGCGACAACGGACCUGUCAAAGACGCCGUCAUCGCUACCCAUUUUAUCGACAUUUCCAAGAUAUCAAACGAUGGCGAUAAGGGUUUUCUACCGACAUUUGGACCAUGCUUCAUUUACCUCUACGGAUCAGCACGUAGUAGCGAUUCGGUAUUCCAGCGAGAGAGUGCUCACGCUCCGUUGAACGACGGAUUGGCGGAAGGUGUCAUGUACAGGGGUCGCCUGCUUGUAUCUGUACGAACGCAGGUCUUACCAGAUAUGGCCGUAAUGCAGCUGCCUCCCUCGGUUCACGUCGAAGCAGCUCCUCCAGUUGCAGAUGAUAGCAGUCAGGCUGUUAGCGCAGACUUCUUCCUUUCGGCAGUUGUUAUGGAAGCACACAUGAUUGAUAAACGAUUUCAGGACAAACCGGUUCAGUUCGAACUAAGCAUAGGCAACGCGGGCAAUACGCUAGACGGCGAAUGUGGAUCCAGUGCGGCAGGCUCAAAAGAGUCGAUUGAACCAGAAUGGUGUUCGACGACUCCGGCAAUGAAACCUGUUCUGGGUCCAGAGCCUAGUGAGCACCUUAACCUGCCAUUUGGACAUGUUAAGCCCGUUAUUUGGGUUCGCAGUAAUUGGCCCGAUCACAGACGAAGACUCUAUCUCUCAAAUAUGUUGUACAGCUCGAUACUAUGUCCGCUAUUCGCAGAUAGUCAUCAACGGAUUCUCGAGCGACUGGAUUUUGGGAUGAGCGAUGUGUUAGAAAUGGUACGACUAGAACGAGGCGACGCCGAUCGGAGACUGCGUGGCGUCCUGGAGCAGCUGUCGGCUGACUGCGUUGCCUACCUGCAGCACUACAAGCAAGAAAAUCCUGUCAGAAGUAGCACCAAGCAGCGAAGCAAACUGGACCGGCAAAGGGAGCGACACUGUCAGCGCGAGAUCGAUCAUAUGGGCACAAUGGCCCGUGCUAUGCGGCCUCUUCUCAAUCGGCACUCGUUCAAAGAGAAACUUCAUACGACACAGCAGUUCUCUAGAAAGCUGCGGGACAUCUGCGAGGAUGCCCAGCAUUCGCUACCAGACGUUUUCCUUUGGAUGCUCGCCGCUGGACGCCGAGUCGCCUACCAUCGAAUCCCUGCUCGCCAGAUUAUCUACUCCCCUAUCGAUGAACAACGUGGGCCACUUUGUCAUCGUAGACAAACAAUACUGCUAAAGCCGGGCGGUGGAAACAAAAAGCAAACGUUGAGUUCGGUAUGGAGCAUUGAGGCCGACUUGGAAGUUUACAUUUGGCUCGGAUUAUGGCAUGAGCGAGAGCAUUCUUUGGACGGGGUACCUGAGGGUUUCAGUAAAAGAGCCGUUCCUGCGGAGCGAUUGCAUUACACCGAAAAGGGCAAGUUUACCCUUCGAGCCCACAUGUACCAGGCAAGAUCAUUAAUUGCAUCAGACUCAUCCGGACUCUCCGAUCCGUUUGCACAGGUUCAUUUCUGUGGGCAUAGCGCAUGUACUCAGGUAAUUGAGCAGACACUUAGUCCUACUUGGGAUGAAAUGAUUCAGCUGCAAAAAAUCGAACUUUGCGGAGAUAUCCGAAGAUUAAUUGACGAUCCACCCCUAGUUGUGGUCAAUGUCUUUGACCAAGAUAAUGUGGGUAAAUGUGAAUUUCUCGGGAGAGCCCAAGUAAAGCCCCAUGUCAAACUCGGCACUUCGGUCAACACGUCGGAGCGUGAAGAAUCCACCUACAAGACUCCCCAACUUGAAUGGCACGACCUUUACCGCUCUCUGAAUGAGAACGCUGGCCAACUACUGGCAGUGUUUGAGCUCAUUGAAUGCAACUUAAUUACAGGAGAUUUGACCGGUCGCGUAGAAAGCGUCGAACCGGUGUGGCGCCAGGAAAGAGGUCCGGUGUUACCGAUUCCUCGAAGUAUACGACCUACACUUUCGAAAUAUAAGAUUGAACUGCUAUUUUGGGGUCUACGAGAUCUGCGGAGGGUCAACUUUUUGAAAGUCGACCGACCUAGAGUUGAUAUCGAGUGCGGUGGUUACACAGUCCAAUCAUCAGUGAUCACUAAUUACUCGAAAAACCCCAACUUCAGUAUGCCGAUAAAGAGUAUAGACAUCGAUUUACCUGACCAAGAAGUCUAUUGUCCACCAGUUACGAUUCGUGUUGUUGACUGCCGGAGUUUCGGACGCUUCACUCUCGUUGGUACACACGUAAUUAGCACAAUUCACAGAUUCAUGCAAUGUCCGGGGCAGGAAACAGUAAGCGGCACCCGGGAUGGCGGUGGUGCUUCUUCUAAUGAUGGCCAGUCACGCCCGGUGGCGACCGAAACGUUAAUCGACGUAGAAAAUGGUGGCAGAGACGACACAGCAUAUGGUGUUUUGGCCUCUCUACCAUCAAACGUCACUGUGAUACACCUCAGCGCCCCCAGGGAUGCCAAAAACCCUGAUAAAAACCUACCAAAAAGUAAAAGGAAGCAAACCAAGCAGAGAAAGGACCGCGGAUGUGGUAGUACAAACAGGGGCGAGGAUUUGUCCGAGGAUUCAAAAGACUGGUGGAGUCGAUACUUCGCCUCAAUUCAAAGCCAACAGCAGAAAGCCAACACAAACAAGCCGAACUCGGAUGAGAGAUUUCACUCGGAGAGACUGCGGAGUCUCUGUGAUCAAUAUUCAACGGUGAAGGUCCAUGCCUCGGAGCUUGAGAGCGUAGCCGACUACAACGGUUUUGUCGAAUGGUUGGAAAGUUUUCAACUUCUGCGAGGAAGGCGAACGGGCGAUGAAAGCGACGAUGAACGAAGACUUGUCGGAAUAUUCAAGGGCUCGCUCAAAGUUCACAAAUAUCCUCUACCACCCGAGUGGGAACCGUUGUCACGUUCUGUGCCAAGUAACGAGCCGAUUAAGGUGUUGGUAAGAGUUUACGUCGUUCGCGCUACCGACUUACAUCCGGCGGACCUGAAUGGCAAGGCCGAUCCGUAUCUCGUUAUCCGAUUAGGUCACAACAAAAUGAGCGACAAGGAUAAUUAUGUAUCGAAACAGUUAAAUCCAGUAUUUGGUAAAUGCUUCCAAUUUGAAGCAAUAUUUCCACAUGAUUCAAUGCUGCAUAUACAGGUUUUCGAUUGGGAUCUGUUGGGACGGGACGAUCUCAUUGGUGAGACUAAGAUUGAUCUAGAAAAUCGAUUUUAUUCAAAACAUCGUGCUACUUGUGGUCUACCGCUCAAAUACGACACUGAAGUUGGACCGAAUCAAUGGCGUGAUUCAUUGAAGCCAUCUCAAAUUUUAGCCAAAUUGUGCAAGGAGCAAAAAGUUGAUGGACCACAGGUCCUUCCUCCUGGAAAUCGCGUACGAGUUGGCAGGCGAACAUUCAUUUUUCGAAGCAGUAACGAUGAAGCAGAUGAUGAAACGGUUGAAUUACCAAGCGUUUCUCACUCUAAAUCAUCAAAGAAACAGCGCGCAGAGAACUACGAGCACAUGUCGUUGGCUAUAUUACAUCGCUGGUCAGAAGUAGCUAAAGGUUGCGGUGCUUUGAUUACCGAACAUGUCGAAACCCGGCCACUUUUCCACCCGGAUCGCGCGCUUGGCAUCGAACAAGGCAAACUGGACAUGUGGGUUGACAUGUUCCCAAUGGACUCAGGACAACCUCCACCCGGACCACCUGUUGAUAUCUCACCUCGGAAACCCAAAAGCUUCGAGCUCCGUGUCAUCAUCUGGAACACAGACGAGGUGGUAUUAGAAGAUGAUGCGUUUUUCACAGGGGAGAAAAUGUCCGAUAUCUACGUUAAAGGGUGGUUAAAAGGCCCGGAAGACACUCAGAGUACAGAUAUACACUAUCGAUCAUUAACGGGAGAGGGUAAUUUCAACUGGCGUUUCGUGUUUCCGUUUGAAUACUUACCUGCUGAAGAAAAGAUCGUCAUUUCUCGAAAAGAGUCUCUGUUCUCGUGGGAUGAGACGGAAUCAAAGAUUCCUGCUCGACUCCAGUUACAAGUUUGGGAUGCGGACCACUUCUCAGCAGACGACUUUCUCGGCGCGCUUACUCUCGAUCUCAACCGCUUUCCACGCGGGGCGAAAACGGCCGCUCAAUGUAAGCUUGAUAUUCUACGGCCGGAUAGCCCUUACGUUUCCAUCUUUAAGCAACGUCGUAUCAAAGGCUGGUGGCCUUUCUUUAUCAAGAGGGCCGAUGAUCAGCAGAUGGAGCUCACUGGCAAGGUUGAAGCCGAACUACAUCUUCUGACAGGAGAGGAAGCGGAAAAGAAUCCAGCCGGGUUGGGCCGCUCAGAACCCGAUCCUCUCGAGAAACCUAACCGCCCGGAUGCCUCUUUUGUAUGGUUUCUCAACCCGCUUAAAUCAGUCAAGUACAUUGUGUGGCACCGCUACAAAUGGUUCAUUCUUAAGGUACUCCUCUGUUUUCUAUUUGGUCUAAUGAUUGCUCUCUUCGUCUAUUCAAUACCUGGAUACGCAGUAAAAAAAAUGCUUGGAGCCUAAGCUAUAACAGAUCGUCUGGACGCUAGCAGUAGACGAAAUAGGAAAAACACAGGGGCUCAGAGGCCGGACACCGCCUGCGGGAAUAAGAAACACACUGUUUAGCUAAUGGGUCUACUAAUUAUGGAGGUUUCCUAUUCAAAAAGUGGCAGUUUGUUGCAUUACUCGAGUAUGCUUUUGACAGACCCAACACAAAUGAUAGCACUAGAAAGACACAACCAGGUCAUUUAUCAAGUUCGUUUACAAAGUGCGAGUAAUCCAACAAAGAUCCGCUUGGGCUUGAGCAGUUCUCGUUACCGUAGUGACCUUGGUUCUGGUAUGUGUUUGAAAAGAAAGUGUUUACUUACUAGUCGGUUUAUUGGAUAAACUCAAACUAAGUACAAUGAGGCUAAGGGUCGAUUCGAAAUCACGUUCCGGCAACUUACCAAGCUGUGUACAAUGGGUUGAAAAGAACGCAAAAUUGCAAAAAACAUUUUAAGGCACGAACUAUUCAGAAAUCAGUAAACGCUGUUGGACAAAGUACACUCACGUUAUAGUAUCAAUAAUUAUCAUUGUUAGAUGGACUAGACAGCAUGUUAUCAUUCCAAAAGGACAUGUUCUCAAAAGGACGAAAUUGGACCACGGUAUGGGCGGUGUUCCGGGUUCAAAAAUAAGCUCAGUGGUACACACAAUGGAAUUACUGCCCCGAAUCGAUCAUUAUCUUGUCUGGAUAGAUAUCAGUUGCACACGCCGUCUGACGGUAGGAACGCCGUAGAGCGAGCUCCGUCAGACGCCACCAGAAGAUAGUUAUUCAAUUGUAUGUAAUUUGUUUGUCUGUGAUCGCAUAAAACAAAAAGCAAUAUGUUCGUAAUAGAAACAAGAACUAAUACAGAUAUAACUGAAUAGAUGCUGUUUUAUUAAGCGGGCUAAAGGGAAGGCUGUCCAUCUAAUCGGUGUGUGACUUAAAUUGGAAAAAAUAAUUUAAAAAAAAAAACGUGUAGUCAAAGGAGAUCAGUCGUCAGGUGCUCGUUAAGCGUAAUCCGCUACCAAAAUAAGUGAAAAUCUGUGAAUCAGUGAGAGCUUUUUAUCUGCUAGCUACUGAUGUUCUGUUGGACGAAGAAGCAGAUCGGCCUAGAAAUUACUGGCCGAGAGCCAGCGGUAGCACGUCAUAGCAUUAGAACCGGAGGAGCGUGGCACGCGGCAAGUGAAAUCCUAAAUUUCAUUUUCAACGACCUAGAAUUAACCUUACCAACAACAAUAAUAAAAUUGAUAAGUAAAGAAAAAAUACCGAAUACAGUAGAAGGUUAUAGCUAUAACGUUGCUGUUCUGUAUAACAAAAAUUGAAUAUUUCUGGCGAUUGGUCGUGAUCGGUCAGUGAUUAGGCUCAUCUUUCAACAAAGGCAAUGCCAUCGCGAAGGAGUAACUUCAUGUUAAUAUCAUAAUAAGUUAUAUCAGCUUAACUUUCAUAGGACAUUUUCCGCCUUAGCGAUCUCUGUUGCAGAUGAAAUGCGUCAUCUAUUGGAGGGCAUUCUUAAUAGUCCUGUUGCUUGUUGUUGACUCGUUCCUAUUUAUCAUAACCGUGUUCCAUAACAAUAAAUUAUAAAUAAAUAUAUACUCAAGGUUUUACUUUAUUGUACAAGAAAUUACUAUAGUUAUGUGUGAGGGUUGCAGAUACACAUCAAGUCUCCAUUAAAAACAACGUUAUUUCAUCGCGCUAACUAUCUAA